CACGAAGUUUAAUCAUAUGAGUUACUUAGCGUGGGGAUAAACACUUGUCGUCUCUCUGUUGAGUGUUGAUUUGCUUAAGGGACAAUUCGCCGUUAGGGAUCUCUGGAAACAUCUGCGGAGCUUUAGAAGCCAAAUCGAGAAUUCGUCUGAUCGAUGAAUCCGAGAAGGGAGCCUCGUGGUGGGAGAAGUGCGCUAUUUGAUGGCAUUGAAGAGGGAGGAAUCAGAGCUGCUUCUUCUUACUCUCAUGAAAUCAAUGAGCAUGAGAAUGAGCGUGCCUUGGAAGGUUUACAAGACAGAGUCAUUCUCUUAAAACGACUUUCUGGCGAUAUAAAUGAAGAGGUGGAUACUCAUAACCGCAUGCUUGACAGAAUGGGUAAUGAUAUGGAUUCAUCAAGGGGGAUUCUCUCAGGCACCAUGGACCGGUUCAAAACGGUCUUUGAGACCAAAUCAAGCAGAAGAAUGCUGACACUCGUGGCAUCAUUCGUGGGUGUAUUUCUAGUGAUUUAUUAUCUUACUCGUUGAAAUUGGCAAACCAGAGUACUCUGAAACCAUCUAUCCAUCCAUGAUAUUAUCAUGUUUUCAUUCUCCCUGUUUGCUCCUUCAAUCUCCCGUUAGUGUAAUGAAUGUGAUAUGCACCUAGUGUUAUAGCGUGAUCGAAGUACUUGAGAUAUAAAGGACAUAAAUUCACAAUAAACUUAUAAAAGUUUCAUGUGAUGGAUUUUUAUACUGUUUGACUCCUUCAAUAUGUUAUGUAGCGAC